AUGCGCGUGUAUAAGUAUAGUGUAUCCUAUAUUCAUUCCUAUUUCUAUGUUUUGAUUUCUGUUUAGAAUUUUUUGGUAGUUGAGAUUUGAUAUUUCUGAAGUUGGGAUUUGCAAUUUGAGUUUGAGCUUUCAACAACUAUUCCACAGCUGACCCAAGUCUGAGCAUACCGAGAAAACUCAACUCUAUUAACACUCCUAUUCAUUAUGUAAAUUGAAAUAAGGUUACAACUUACAACUUAUAUACUGUCAUUAGAAUCCUUUGUUGCACUUUGAACUUUUCUUGUGACUUUGAUCCGGCCUUACAAUUGAUCCGGUCCUAUUGUUUAGCCUAUUUUGAUGAGCAGUUCGAAUUUUUUUUACUUUUAAAUUUUCAUUUUUGUCUCAAUUUUUUUUUUUUUUUGGAGGGGUUUGGUCUUUUCCUCCUUUUACAUGAGACUAGAAAUAAUGGACUAACAGAAACACAAGACAAGAAUGCCCUCCAUGUGAAUUUUUUUGAUUGGAUGCUAAAAGAAAUAUUCCAUCUGUUUACUUGACACUAAAAGUAACUCAUGCUUAUUCCUGUUCCAAUUCAAGCUGAUGAAAUGGAAUCUCUUGACUUUUUUGAUUGGAUGCUCUACAAGUUCAUUGACAUGAUGAAUUGGUUCUUCAUCAAUCUGAUCCAGUCUUGAGUUUUGUCCAUGGCUGGUAAAAGCACUCAAGACAAACCUUAUUCUUCUUCGUCUUUGUCUUCAACACCUCCAUGGAAGUACGAUAUCUUCCUGAGUUUUCGAGGUGAAGAUACACGCAAAAACUUCACCGAUCACCUAUACACUGCUUUGGUUCAAACCGGUAUUCACAUCUUUAGGGAUGAUGAUGAACUAGAACGAGGAAAAGAAAUUUCAUUGGAACUACUGAAAGCAAUUCGAGGGUCAAGAAUUUCUAUUAUCGUAUUCUCAAAGAACUAUGCUUCCUCUCGAUGGUGCCUCGAUGAGCUUGUGGAGAUCCUUGAAUGCAGAAAAACAAUAGGCCAGUUGGUUCUUCCUAUAUUUUACGAUGUCGAUCCAUCUGAUGUACGCAAGCAAACGGGGAGUUUUGCAAAGGCGUUUGCAAGGCAUGCAGAAUGCUUUGUGGCUGAAAUUGAGAAGGUGGAGAGAUGGAGAGAUGCACUUACUGAAGCUGGGAAUUUAUCGGGGUGGGAUUUGCAAAAUGUUGCAAAUGGGCAUGAAGCAAAGUUUAUCCAAAAAAUUGUUGAGGAUGUUUUGUGUCAAGUGAAACAUACAUAUCUAAAUGUUGCCAAGCAUCCGGUUGGAAUGGAUUCUCGUGUCAAUGACAUAAUGUUGUUAUUAAACAUUGCAUCAAUUGGAGUCCACGUAAUUGGGAUAUAUGGCAUGGGUGGAGUAGGCAAAACGACCCUUGCAAAAGCUGUCUAUAAUCGAAUUUUUCAGCAGUUUGAAAGUGCUUCUUUUCUUGCAGAUGUUAGAGAAGUUUCAGGACAACAAAAUGGUCUUGUUCAUUUACAAGAGCAACUUCUUUCUGAAAUUCUGAAGAAAAAGAAUCUAACAGUUGGCAAUAUUCAUAGAGGAAUUCGUUUGAUGAAAGAAAGACUUUGUUCUAAAAGAAUUAUUAUUGUCCUUGAUGAUGUGGAUCACAUUAGCCAACUAAACUCAUUAGCUGGGAAUCAUGAUUGGUUUGGUUCAAGAACUAGGAUUAUUAUCACAACUAGGGACGAGCAUUUGCUGAAUCAAAUUAACGUAGAUGACAAAUAUGAGGCUAAGGAAUUGAUUUACUAUGAGGCUCUACAACUCUUCAGCUGGCAUGCCUUUGGACAACCCACACCACUGGAAAAUUAUCUACAGCUAUCAAAUGGUGUACUAAAAUAUGCCGGAGGGCUUCCAUUAGCUCUUGAAGUUUUGGGUUCAUAUUUAUCCAGAAGAACAAUACCAGAAUGGAUAAGUGCAUGUGAGAAAUUGAAACAUGUACCUCACAAUGAAAUUCUGCAAAAACUUAGAAUAAGCUUUGAUGCACUAGAUGAUGAAGUAAAGGAUAUUUUCCUUGAUAUUGGAUGUUUUUUAGUCGGAAUGGAUAAAGAGUGUACAAUUAACAUAUUGGAUGGUUGUGGUUUCUUCUCAGAAAUUGGAAUUAGUGUUCUUACUAGUAGGUGUUUACUAAAAAUUAAUGAAGAAAAUCAACUGAGGAUGCAUGAUUUACUUCGAGAUAUGGGAAGAGAAAUUAUUCGCAAAGAAUCUCCUAAAGAACCUGAAAAGCGCAGCAGACUUUGGUUUCAUAAAGAUGUAUGUGAUGUUCUGAAAAACCAAAAGGUAAUCAAAAUUAAUCAUCUUUUAUUCGAUAAAGAUACUUUUUAGUUUGGAACAUAAUUAUUUGGUUUAGAUUUGUAUAUAUGCUAUUGAUAUACUCACAUGUUCCUUGCAUAUGUCUAUAGGUUGCAAAUUACUUAUCAAAUAUGUUGUUGUUUCUUUAUUAAAAUUAGGGAACAGAAGCAAUUGAAGGUAUCGUCCUAGUCCUACCGCUCAUAAAAAACAUAAAUGUGAAGACUAAAACAUUUGCAAGGAUGGAGAAAUUAAGACUGCUUCGAAUUGAUUAUGUGAAUCUUAAUGGAAGCUUUGAACAUCUAUUUGGAGAGUUAAGGUGGCUGUGUUGGCAUUACUGCCCCUUGAAAUCUUUACCAUCCAAUUUUCAUCUUGAAA